AUGGCUAACAAGUAUAGGUUUAUUAAAUGGCGCGUUGCCCUCAUGGAGCUCGCCAUCCACGAAUUGAACCUGGAUAAGGCAAAGACCGUCAUCCCAAUCAUUGGCGAAGACCCCUACCAGAUGUUCCAAGUCCAUGACUACCAGAACGUCAGCUUCCUCCGCAUGAGCCCAACCAUCCGCAAUGCCUCCCGCGAGACUAUCACCGUCUUCAGCAUGGCCUACCCAGAGCUCCUGCGCGAGAAGUUCUUCGUCAACGUCCCUACCGUCAUGGGAUGGGUCUUCACUGCUCUCAAGGUCUUCCUGAGUAAGAACACCAUUCGCAAAUUCCACCCUAUCACCAAUGGCUCUGCCCUGGCGCGUGAGUUUGGUGAAGCUGGUGCCGAGUUCCCCAAGUCAUAUGGUGGGAAGAGCGCUGAGUUGACUGAAAGCAGCAUGACUGUUGCUCUCAUCGACGACAUUUCCCAGGAGCAGGAGGCUAAGGUCGAGAAUGAGAAUAAGACCGAGCCAAAGACCGAAACUGGGGCUGAGACCAAGGCCGAAACCAAAGCUGAAGAGCCAAAGGCAAAGGAAGCUCCUGAGACCAAACAAGAGGAGGCCAAGACCGAGACUUCUACUGCUCCUGUGCCUGAGAAAACCAUUUCUGAAGCUACCGAUAAGCCAGCUGGUGAGGCCAAUGGAACUCCCAAGGUCGCAGAAGAGACUGCCCCAGGCCCCGCCCCAGCCGCUGCCCCGGCCAACUAA